AUGAAAUCCAUCACAAUUAGAAUCGCCGUCUUCUGCGAUGGGAUACCUCUUUUACGAGUCACCGCAAGGGAAAGGCGUUCACACCGUGUACGCGAGUGCACGAAACAGACGUUUAGUACGGUGAUCAGGGCACUGGCAUCGAGCAAUCUCCGAGUAGAGACACUCAAUAUUUUCAACGACCCUGAUCUACGGCCACACAGACCAUACAUUGAGGACUUCCAUGCCAGCCCCCAAUCCAGGGAAGUACGCAAACCCGAUGACUCAGGCUCACAGCAGUGCACACUGCCAUUCGACGAGCUCAACGGCGGUAACUGGAAUGAUCCCGGUCUUGCCGAGUCGUUAGCAACAUUGACAUCGCUGUCGAUAGGAAUUUGCACUCCUGAUGCCAGAGCGGGACCGACCGAAGAACUGGCCGAAGAGAACAAGGACCUCCCACGAAUAAACGAGGUGUUUGAAACCUCGAGCAUGGAAGCUCUAACCGACUGCGGCGCUAUGUCCAGGCUUCUCCAAUUAUGCCCACUGCUUAAAGACUUUGAGCUACAUUACUUUCAUGUGAGACUGCGUACGCGGGGCGCGACAGUGGGAGAUAUUACCUGCGAAAAGAUUAUGCAGAGCCUUGCUGAACUGGAAGGAUUGCCCUUCCUUGACACAUGUCGGCUCCGUGGUAUUUGUGCUCGGGGCGAGGACGUGCUGGGCUUUAUCAAGCGAACAAAAGUACGCAAGUUGUCGAUGGAGACUAUAAAGCUGAGUGGGCUUAAUUACCAGUCGGUAUUUAACUACUGCACUGCGGAGGCUGCCAACAUAACCAAGUUGUACUUUGAUAAUCUCUACGAAAUGGAGAGACGCGAGCCUGUCAACCGUCGGAGGGUGCACUUUCUUGGCGAAGGAAGGCGAAGAACAGAGUGGAUGCCGCCUGAGGUUGGCAAUGAGAUAUUGGAAAGAGAAGGCCGACGUGUCAAGUGUCCUAUAGUCUACCACAUGGCUCUUCCAAUGUGUGGCGGGACCCCCGCUCAUGCGGAGUGGACGAGGUUUCAUCUUGCAGAGUAUGGUUUUGGGUGA